GCCAAAGCCGGCAACAUGGCGUCGAGUGGUGGGGAACUCGGCGGCUUCUUCGACCACCACAUUCAAAAGGCUGUAUGCGACACACGGGCCAAGUAUCGGGAGGGGCGACGGCCCCGUGCAGUCAGGGUAUAUACCAUUAAUUUGGAAUCUCGGUACUUGUUAAUACAAGGAGUUCCUGCAGUGGGAGCAAUGAAGGAAUUAGUUGAGCGAUUUGCUCUAUAUGGUGCAAUUGAACAGUAUAAUGCUCUAGAUGAAUACCCAGCAGAAGACUUUACAGAAGUUUAUCUUAUUAAAUUUAUGAACCUACAAAGUGCAAGGAUAGCCAAGAGAAAAAUGGAUGAGCAGAGUUUCUUUGGUGGAUUGCUACAUGUGUGCUAUGCUCCAGAAUUUGAAACAGUUGAAGAAACUAGAAAAAAACUACAAGAGAGAAAAGCUUAUAUAGCAAGAGCUACUAAAAAUAAAGAUCAUUUCGUGGCAAAGAAGAAACUGGUCACGGAGCAUAAAGACAUGAAAGGUUUUAGACAAGACUUCCACUCAAAGAAAUCUGGAUUUUGUGAAGCUGCUUUGAACACUUCUGCUGGGAACUCAGAUGCUUGUCUCCCUUAUUCUUGUGAAUUACCUUUAUGUUAUUUCUCCUCACAAUGUAUGUACUCAUCAGGAGAGUAUGUGGACAGAGCGUCACACUCCUCUCAGGAUGGCAGGAACCAUGAUGAAACAGUGGGGCAUUGCAACCACAACACUUCUUUGCAGAAAAUGCCGGUGAAAACUUUAAAAAAAUCAGUGGCCUGCCCUGGUGCUCAGAAGGCUAUUACUCCUUCAGAGGCAGUGGACAGAUUUAUGCCUAGGACAACACAGCUACAGGAGCGGAAAAGACGAAGAGAAGAUGAUCGUAAACUUGGAACUUUUCUUGAAACAAGCAGGAGCAGUAAUGAGGUUCUCAUUGGGCCUUUGCUCCCAGACACACCUAAAGUGGAUAUGCAUGAUGACUCAUUGAAUACAACAGCAGACUUAAUUCGGAAUAAACUUAAAGAGGUGGCUUCACCUGUGCCAAAGCCUCCAGAGGACAAGUUGGAAGAAGUGCAUACAAGCCAUCCAUUAAAACAAAGAAGAAGAAUAUAAAUGACUAGUAGCAAAUUAAUAUUUUCUAAAGGAGUAAUUUAUUUUUUAUUUUUAGCCUGUCAUUUUAAUUCUUGAAGAGAUUUGACUAUUGGUAUUUUUUUCAAUGCAUUCUUCUUUGUAAUUUUGUUCAAGCUACUUGUCUAAUUUACUUUCAUCUUUUAAAAUUAGUUUAUUGUGGACAAAAUACAUGCCAGCCAACUGUUUCCCUUAAUAAAACUUUCCCAGUAACUCCA